CAGUGUGUAACUCCCGUCGCCGUGUCCUCUGCUAGCCGAAGUUCUCUGAGUGUCUGGGUCGGUUGAAGGGCUUUGCAGCGGGGAACCAGAAACAGGAACUCAACACAAUGGCAGCCAUUCUUCUCCGGUCGCUACGUAGCAAAACGGCCCACAUCCAGCUGGGUCGCCUGUGUUACUCCUCCUCCUCAGUGCCCACCACCAAGCUGUUCAUUGAUGGCAAAUUUGUGGAUUCCAACACGUCGGAAUGGCUCGACGUUCACAACCCUGCCACGAACGAGGUGGUGACCCGUGUUCCCAAAGCGACCCAGGAGGAGAUGCUGGCAGCUGCGGACUCGUGCUCCAGAGCGUACCACUCCUGGUCGGAGACGUCCGUCCUCAGCAGGCAGCAGAUCUUCCUGCGCUACCAGCAGAUCAUCAAGGACAACAUCAAAGAACUGGCUAAAGUGAUCACCCUGGAGCAGGGCAAAACUCUGGCUGAUGCAGAGGGAGAUGUAUACAGAGGACUGCAGGUGGUGGAGCACGCCUGCAGCAUUACGUCCCUCAUGCUGGGGGAAACCUUACCCUCCAUCACUAAGGACAUGGACACUUACACCUACCGCCUGCCCAUCGGAGUGUGCGCCGGCAUUGCCCCAUUUAACUUCCCCGCCAUGAUUCCGCUGUGGAUGUUCCCUAUGGGCAUGGUGUGCGGCAACACGUACCUGAUGAAGCCCUCUGAAAGGGUCCCAGGAUGCACCAUGCUCCUGGCUAAAAUGAUUCAGGAUGCCGGGGCACCAGAUGGUACACUCAACAUCAUCCACGGCCAGCACGCAGCGGUGAACUUCAUCUGUGAGCAUCCAGCCAUCAAAGCCAUUAGCUUUGUGGGGUCCAACCAGGCUGGAGAGUACAUCUACGAGAAGGGCUCCAAAAACGGCAAGAGGGUGCAGUCCAACAUGGGUGCCAAGAACCAUGGUGUGGUGAUGCCUGAUGCCAACAAAGAGAACACCCUCAACCAGCUGGUGGGCGCCGCCUUCGGAGCAGCCGGCCAGCGCUGUAUGGCUCUCUCCACUGCCAUCUUCGUCGGGGAGUCUCGCGAAUGGCUCCCAGAGCUGGUGCAGCGCUCCAAAUCCCUCCGUGUCAAUGCAGGUGAUCAGCCCGGUGCCGAUGUGGGCCCCCUGAUCUCCCCUGACGCCAGGAACCGGGUGGAGUCUUUGAUCCAGAGUGGUGUUGAUGAAGGGGCCAAGCUGCUGCUGGAUGGGAGGAAUGUCAAGGUCAAGGGAUAUGAAAAUGGAAACUUUGUUGGACCAACCAUCCUGAGCAAUGUUACGCCGGACAUGACGUGUUACAAAGAGGAGAUCUUCGGACCGGUGCUCGUGGUUCUGGAGGCUGACAAUCUGGACGAAGCUAUCACUUUAAUCAACAAUAACCAGUACGGCAACGGGACUGCCAUCUUCACCACCAAUGGAGCCACAGCACGCAAAUACACGCAUGAAGUUGACGUUGGACAGAUCGGCAUAAACGUGCCCAUCCCCGUCCCCCUCCCCAUGUUCUCCUUCACCGGCUCCAGAGGUUCAUUCAGAGGAGACACCAACUUCUACGGCAAACAGGGCAUCCAGUUUUACACUCAGAUCAAGACGGUGACAUCACAGUGGAAGGCUGAGGAUGCCACGGUGACGACCCCAGCUGUUACUAUGCCAACCAUGGGACGCUAAGCCAGAAUGAUAACCUUCACUGACUUCUCAUAUGCCUUAAAGCCAAGGAGGGAUAGGAAAAGGUUACUGUCCUUUUUACUGUUGAAAUGUUCACAUGGGGGGAUUAUUGGUCGGUGAUUGCUUGAACUUCCUGGACACUGUAGUUGCACAAAAACACAUUGAUUCAAAUGAAACUUCUAUUGGAGACGGGGGAGCUGAAUUGGACGGAUGGGAUGAAUGGAGCUGGGAGUCUCUGUAUGAGGUUUGUUGUAUAUUUUGUACCUGUAGUGUCCCGGUCGGCAGUAACUAAAUCAUGGUCUAUCACUUUAGUGAUCUUCUCUGUGCUCCGAUGUUACACUUCUGAAGACCUGAAGAAGAAGUCAGAAGGAUUUGAAAAUCUGCUGCUGAGCAGUAACCGCAAAUGUCUUGCUCCUGUAUCCACCCACUGUGGUUAUUUAGCUUGUUGUGUGUAUCAGAACUUUAGGUAGAUAUUCAUGGAACAAAUUCUUAAUCAGAACAAGAACACUCCAAUUCUGUUACUCCAUUUAAUCUGAAAUAAUAGUUGAUAUUCAUGAUUUGAAGAUGUAUGUUGUUUUUUCUGUCCAGGGGUGGGAUCAGUGUGCGUCUUCUUUGUCAAAUAGAAGUUCAGAGUUUUGAACUGAACAGUUAGAGCAAUAUUUGUUUUAGUGGUGAAUUGUAUAGAAGUUAAAUUGCAGUGUUUUCUACAUGUCAUGAUGAUCUCCAUUAACACAAGGUUCCAGGGAUGAAGCAGUGGCUCAUACGUGAAUGAAGCAGUGGCAAACCUUCCGCACCCGUUCCAAUCCAAUCCGCGGAAGCAAGGAGGCGGGGCAAAAUCGUAGGGUUUCAUUGAAGGGAGUUCAAGUUUGUUGAGCUUUGACCCGUGAUAUUCACGUAUGUGUGACCGUGCCCUUACAGUAUGUCCGAGAUUUUUCCAUCCAAGAUACUUCAAACAUUGUCCACUUGACUCCUCUCUUAGGUCAUGUAGCUGAAGAUUAUUUGAGUCUCUGUAGAUGACUGAAUAAAAAACAAUUGAUUGUA